AUGGAAGUCACCGGCAAAAACCCUUGUGGCGUGAAGCCUUUCUACUGGAAGAAAGGUAUUCCCCUCAAGGAAACCUCCCGUCCUCCACUGAUCCCAAACAAGGAAGAGACGGCCGAUGGCAUGAACAUUACCUGGGAUGUCCCCGUUACCAUGCGCGACGGCGUCAAGGUGUACGUGGAUGUCUUCCGUCCCGAAGGCGUCACCGACAAGCUCCCCAUUAUCUUCACUUUCAGCCCAUACGGAAAGCACGGCCCCAAGACCUUCGACAUCUUCCCUGGCGCUGACGUUCCGAAGGGCUGGAUCUCUAAGUAUACCGUGUGGGAAAGCGUCGACCCCGUGGUGUGGACCAAGAAGGGCUAUGCGGUGAUCAACGGCGACAGUCGGGGCUCCUGGGGAUCCGAGGGUGACCUGGAGAUCUUCAGUCAGCAAGAGAGCCGGGACGGUCACGAUGUUAUUGAAUGGGCGGGCACAUUGCCUUGGUCGAACGGCAAAGUGGGCAUGAUUGGCGUUUCCUAUCUCUCCAUCGUGCAAUGGGGCAUCGCGGCCCAGAACCCUCCCCACCUGGCUGCCUUUGUGCCCUGGGAAGGCUUCACCGACUUCUACCGUGACUACACUCACCACGGUGGCAUUCCCGAGACCAAAUUCCUGCAUUUCACCCAGUGGUCUUGCCGCGCGGGAGUUAAUCUCGUGGAGGACUUGAUUGAGAAUAACAAGGCGCACCCCCUCCUGGACGACUAUCACAGGUCGAAAUGUGUUUCAGAUCUCGCCAAGAUCACGGCUCCCGCAUACGUCGUUGCUGACUGGGGUGAUCAUGGUAUGCACACACGCGGUACCUUGAAUGGAUUCGUCGGUAUCAGCUCUAAGGAUAAGUGGCUUGAAGUGCAUGGUCAAAAGAAAUGGCGGUACUUCUUUGAGCCUGAGAGCGUGAAGCGCCAGGAAGCGUUCUUCACUAAGUUUUUGAAGGGCCAGAAGAGCGAGGUUGACCUUUGGCCCCGGGUUCGUCUGGAAAUUCGUGAUCGUGCUUGGAAGGCCGAAUUCCGACCAGAGCAGGAAUGGCCGCUGGCCCGCACCCAAUACACCCGAAAGUAUCUCGACCUCAAUGAGGGCACACUGGUCGACCAAAACCCUUCCGCCAUCUCCGAGGUCGCUUAUAACUCGACAGUGACCGAUGAUUGCCUUCGCUUCCAGCACCGAUUCUCGAAGGAGACCGAACUUACAGGCAACAUGCGUCUCCGCCUCUAG